CGGUCGGGAAGUAGGAGACGCUGGAAGCAGCGUUUGAGCUCGAUUUGUAAAACGGACCGCAAAUUUAUCCUGGGCACACUGGAAUGGAAGAACCGACAGAGGCGCCUUAAAUUUGCUUUGGAAAGCUGAAAGAGCCUCAUCCAUUUCUGACAGCCGAAAGUGCUGCUGCCUCAAUGGAGGACAAGAGGAAGAAAAGAAGUCCCAAAGUGUCUCUUCCCCAGCCCCCUCCUCCACCAAUCAACCCUCGAAAGCUCACCGUCCUCCCCGCGAGCAAGAGCGCCACAUUCUCUCUGGGCCUACCCCAGCCUCCCUCCCCCAAACCCAGGGGCAAAUACAAGAGAUCGGUGGGGGCAAUGGGUCCAUCCAAAGAAGCUCUUGCAGUUCCCGUGGUUCCCCCUAAAAACACAAGGCCUCACAGAGAGAAGCCCAGAGCUCCUCAGCCUGCUGGUCCGAGCCGAGUGUCCCAGUCGUCCUCACCGCUCCAGCACACGUUUCUCACUGAUGUCUCUGAUGUGAGAGAGAUGGAGGGAGGACUGCUCAACCUGCUCAAUGACUUUCACUCGGGAAAACUGCAGGCAUUUGGUAAAGUGUGCUCUUUCGAGCAACUAGAGCAUGUGAGGGAGAUGCAGGAACGUCUGGCUCGGUUGCAUUUCAGUCUGGACAGUCAUGUGGAGGAGCUGUCUGAAGACCAGAGGAAAAACGCUUCAGAUCGCAAUCUAGAACACCUGCUUUCUAACCUGGAAGAGUUGAGCACCUCAAUACAGAAACUGCAUCUGGCAGAAAAUCAAGACUUACCCAAGACCUCCAACACCUGAAGCAGAAAAACAAACACUGUGCAAACCAAAGCCCGAUUUACCAUGGCUACAACUCAGCUGCGAGUUAAUGAGCGCCGUCAUUGUGAUCUGUUUCUAAUGCAAUGCUAAGCAGCAUCAAAGCACAUUCUCCAUGUGAGCGAAAUUCAGCUGCAAAGAGGCACUGUCAGAAUAUUUUGAUUGUAGCAGAUAAAUAUGAAGAAUUCCAGUGAUUUUGAGCCAAUUGUGAUCACCUUAACCUGCUCUAUUAAGAGUCACACUUGUGUUGUUCACUGUCAAAAUGGAGUAGAAAUAAUAGUGCUAUUUUUAUUAAAUUAUUGCGCUAUACUUUAUGACAAUAAUGUUGUUAGUUCUUUAGUAUUUGAGAAGGUUUCACACUGUAAAAAUGUUUUGUGUUGGGACAACAUGAAGGAAUUAAGUUACCUUAUUAGUUUUUACAAAUUUAAGUGAAUUGAACGUAAAACAAAAUAAGUAGUUUGAACAAACAGCAAACAUAAUUUUUUUGAGUGCACAUUGCUGUGAUUGCAGCUCGAUCUAUGGUUGCGGAUAGGGGAAAAUCCAAUCCAGAUGACCUCAACAGUCGAGGUUGGGGAAAUGCAACUGUUUUUAAAAAUAUAGAUACAUUUGGCUAAAAAAAGUGGCUAAUUCAUACAAAUUUACACAUAUGAAAACGAAUGGUUUUCAAAAGGAGGAGGGCCCCCAACCCUACCCCUCAUUUAGGGGUGAACAAAUUGUACUUAAAUGUACGAAUGAAUAGGAAUAAAUUAAUAAACACGAAUUAACUACUAAUUUAGAAAGUUACAAAUUGCUGUAAGAUUGAGUUGAAGAUUCACAUAAAAAUGUC